AUUGAUUCUAAUAUUGAAAUUUUCAAGAAUCACAUUUAUCAAACACGAUGAACGUAGCAUUCGUCGUUUCGGAGUGGUGAUUGGUUGAUGCCACCGCCUUCAUGCGAUUGUACUCUUUCAUCUGGAUGAGCCUUAACAGUUCGUUUACACAGAGAUAUGUAUACUGUCUCCAAUGACAAUCAUUUUCGUGCGCGACUCUCGAUACGCUUGAUUACGGCGCGCGACAUGUCUCAGUCAGGUUAGAGGACUGCAAUGACUUUACGAUGAUCAUCACCAGCAGCGUAAUGAUGACGAUGACAGUGACACGCGUUAUCGCGAAUCACGCGUAGUCCGGACAGUGAUCCCGACUGCACGUGUGAGAUCGAAGAUAAGUGUUAUACACGUCAUCAUCGAGGAACCAUCAAUUUUCACUCUGAAGGCGACAAUUCGUUUAGAAAAUGCCGUUAGUCGUGAGGAACUGCCCGCAUCUGGCCAACCGCAGCGAUCUCGCCUUCAUCGAGGCGGUGAUGGCGCGGGAGGAGCGUUUCGCGAAGUGCAGCGACUGCGACACCCAGGGGCCAAAUCUCUGGCUUUGCUUGUUCCCGGACUGCCGCUGGGUUGGCUGUGCAGAGACUCAUCUUGACCACAGCACUAUCCACAAUCAAAACUUCCCGAUGCACUGCGCUCAUAUGAAUCUGUCCACCAACAGGAUCUGGUGCUAUUCUUGCAAAAGCGAAGCUAUUGCCAAGCAUGUGCCGUCACCUCCACUGUCGCCCACGCAGGUAGAGUUUAAAACUAUGGCAAACAAAUUUGCUGGGGAUGCUCCUGGUAGCAUUGAGUCCAAAUUGGAUGGCUUAGACAGACUGAUGCUCGACAAAUUUUAUGGAGAUUGGUCGAUAAACAGAAUCAAUCCAGAGAAAGGAAAUUUAUUUAAUGAGCGAUCUGGAGAUUCUCCCGACAGUACAGAUUCUGACGAGAGCAAGGACUUCUCUGGAAAGCCAAGAGGUUUGGUGGGCUUGCAAAAUAUUGGCAAUACGUGUUACAUGAAUGCAGCGCUCCAAGCUCUAUCUAAUGUGUCUCCCUUGACACAGUUCUUCUUGGAUUGUGGCCAUAUGGUCAGCUACAUGUCGAAAGACAGGAAACCCGGAUUAAGUCUAAGCUAUCUAAAUCUGAUUCGAGAUAUGUGGAACAAAAAGACGAGGGGAUAUGUCGUGCCGCACGGUAUUCUCUCGGGCAUCAGAACGGUCCAUCCAAUGUUCCGCGGGUAUCAUCAACACGACACUCAGGAAUUUCUCAGAUGUUUCAUGGAUCAACUGCAUGAAGAACUGAAGGAGCACAUAGAAGAUGACAGGGACGUUCAACUGCGGUUGAAGGGGCUCGGAGAUCACUCUUCAGAGGACGAAGACGAGGCCGAGAUGGACGGCAACGCGUCGAGUCAAUCGGACGCCGAGUACGAGACCUGCGACUCGGGCGUGAGCGAGCAGAGUUCUCUGAGCGACGAGGGUGAACGCGGCACGAAGAGACGAUAUUCUCGCGUGUCGCAAACGGAGAAGUUGCGGAACAAAUUCACCAGCAGAAACCUAAAGAAGUCGAAUGUCGAGCCGUCGAUGCCGUUCUCGCCACCGCAACGUUCACCGCAAAACUCGCCGACCAAGCAUCGCACCAAGAAGCAAAUGAAGACGCGCAGCAUCAUCAGCGACACAUUCGACGGCAAGCUUCUAAGUAGCGUGCAGUGCUUGACGUGCGAUCGGAUUUCCACCCGGGUGGAGACCUUCCAGGAUUUAUCCUUGCCCAUACCGAGUAGAGAUCACAUCGACAUGCUGCAUCAGGGUUCGCUGACGCCGCAGAAAGCCGGCCCGUGCUCGGACGUAGUUUACGUAACCAAUCAGUCAGGCUGGCUGUCGUGGUUCCUGCAAUGGAUGCGCUCGUGGUUCUGGGGACCAGUGGUCAGCCUGCACGACUGUCUCUCCGCAUUUUUUAGCGCCGACGAACUCAAGGGCGACAAUAUGUACAGUUGCGAAAAGUGUAAUAAGCUACGGAACGGCAUCAAAUUCUCCAAGGUUCUGGAACUGCCCGAGAUACUGUGCAUUCACCUGAAGAGAUUCCGUCACGAGUUGAUGUUCAGCUCGAAGAUCGCAAAUUACGUGUCAUUUCCGCUCGAGGGUCUCGACAUGCGGCCGUAUCUGCACAAAGAGUGCGUGUCCAAGGUCACGACUUACAAUCUGAUAUCGGUCAUCUGUCACCAUGGAACCGCCGGCGGCGGUCAUUACACCUGUUACGCGCUGAAUCCCAUCGCUAACAAGUGGUACGAGUUCGAUGACCAGUGCGUCACGGAGGUCUCGCCGGAAACGGUGAAGCACUGCGAGGCUUAUGUGCUCUUCUACAAGAAAUGGUCGCCGGAUAUGAUGCAGCUGCGCGACAAGACCAUGGAGCUGAUGGAGAUAUCGUCCCGCGAGUUGUCCGACCUGAACUUCUUCGUGUCCCGACAGUGGAUCAAUCGCUUCAACACAUUUUCCGAGCCGGGUCCGAUCGACAAUUCCGACUUUUUGUGUCCGCACGGGGGCGUAAUCCCCGUUAGAGCACAAUUCGUCGACAAGAUCAGCAUGCCGAUACCGCAACCGGUCUGGGAAUACUUGUAUAAUGCAUUUGGAGGAGGUCCAGCCUGUACACAUCUGUUCGAGUGUCCGACCUGUGAAGAAAAGUACGAAUCCUUGCAGAAGCGUAGGCAGUACGAGAUGGAGCUAUUUCAGCGAUUGAAUCACGCCACCGACAACCACACGGCUAUUUACGCGUUAGCGAUGGCCUGGUUGAGACAAUGGCAGAGUUUUGUCAGAGGCAAGGAAACUCAGCCACCAGGACCAAUUGAUAAUAAUUCCAUCGUUGUAAAUAAAAAUGGGCAAAAUAGUCUUAAAGUUGGCUCGGAUUAUGGCCAAAUAGCCGAGGAACUGUGGCAGUUCUUCCUGACGACGUACGGCGGUGGACCAGAAUUGAUGCUGCACUCGUGUCAACGACCGGUGUCCGCCCAGCCUAACGUUUCUAUACAUUCCGCGUCGAAUCCAAAUUUGAUAGAUCCGAAUCUUAAAUGUAAUCGUGUGGAAGCUAAGUCUAACAAGCUUUGCACAACCAGGAGCUCGGAAACGAUUUCGCAAGACACCGCAAUCGACAGCCUAAUUUCGAACAGCGACUCCCAUCAAACACAGAGGGACAUGAGCGAGUGAGUAGAUUGUGCGAAUUGUGAUUUCGCGAUGUUCCAUACGCCACGGCAAACAUUUCCAUUGAUUUUAGAUUAGUUUCUUAAGUAAGCAAAUUAUCCUACUUUCGAAAUUCCACGUGUCACAUUCGGAUCGGAACUGGCACUUUCCUGUUAGCUUUCUACGGAUGAGACAGUCCUAGCUCCUUGGAAAUAAAACAAUCACUGUCAUAUUGCGACUUGAAAGUAAAAAGACAAUCGGAUAAUUCUGUACCAUAGUAAUUUACGUAUCAAAUUUUUUAAUCUAAAUUAUCAUUAUGUAUCUAAUCCAAAAGAUAUCUUUAUCAUCAAAAACAUGGAUAAAUAAAUAAUUGCAUUUUAUCACACUUGAUGCAUAACGAGAUAUCAGCUUUGCUCUAUAAAAACUGAAAAACUACUUAUCUCUUAAUUGAUUGGUAAAGAUUAUCUAAGAAUGCCAUAUCCAAAUGUGUCUUUUUUUAUUUUUAAGUCAUCAGUUUGGAGAAUCAAAUGACAUUGGUUGUUUCAAAGCCAUCGUUUUGACGCUAUGGGGUCUCAAUUGUGCACCGUGUCACUCGUUCAGCGACGUGGAAUUUCAUUAUAUGAUUUAUUGAUGGGAAUAUUGUAUAUGAUGGGACACGUAGUUAUAGUACAAAAAAGAAUUUGCUAUAGACGAUCGUGUAUUAUUUAAAUACAAAUCUUAGCUCGUAAUUUUCGCCCAAAGUCUAGGCCGUAACAUCGCGCGAUCUCGGUAUAGUUGUAUCACGUUUUCGAUGUUUGUACAUUCGCCGUGAUGUCGGUGUGUGCGUGUGUACGUCAUUCUUACACGUAAAGACAGGUGGUCUUUUUUUCUCUCUUUGCUUCUCCUAAUUAUGUAUAUAACACCGUUACUUCUUCGUUGGGGUGAUCUGGAAAGAAAAAAAAAAGAUGCUAAGAAAGACUGACAAACCAAUUUUUAUUUAAAAAAAAAGAAAAGAAAAAACACAGAAACGUUCAGUUAAUUGUACGAUUUAGCGGCUACUUAGUUACAAAAUCGAAUAUGUUGGUGCGAAGAACCUCAAUGAUCCUUGCUUCUGUUUUCGAGCAGACGAAUUUAUUGUUGUUGUUAUUUAAUGAACUUAUCGCUGUACAUGUAUUUUUUGUAGCACUCAGAGAGCUAAUUUCGAUUCCUUUUACCUUCCGCGAGCAUCAAGUAGUCGAAGUAUGCAAUUAAUUGUAAUAAGAGAAAUAGAAAAUAUUUCUCGAGUAGCAGUCUAAUUGCCAUAAAAUUUCGAGAGAAAUUUUAUCACAAUGUUCUGAUACAGUGUUCGAGUAUUUAUUGUAACAUUGCAUGAUUUCACGACUUUGUGCCCGCAAGAGGCAAAAAGAAUCGCGUAUUACGAGCUUCCUCGCAGGCUCAUUUGUGUUCUUGUGAAUACCGUCUCGUUGCUAAGGACACGCCUCCUUGUAACGGUCGCUCAUUUCAAUGCGAUACCAUGAUUGCAUUACCGAAAAAGAAUAAUACAGUACAAUUUGAGUUUUAUUCGCGCGGCGAAACAAUUGUAAAGAAUUAUUAAGACUAUACGUCUAUAAUCACCCAAAGUGAAGUGCAUAACAUGGAUAAUAAAUAAGUUGAUUUUAUUCAUCUAUUGAAAUCCGGAUUAUGUCAUUUCCGAGCGAAAUGUGCGCUUUGUUCGUGUUAACUAGGAUUCUUAAUUUUUCUUUCUACGUCUAUGAUUUUUAUAAUUUUACGGCAAGUCGAAUAUUACACGGCUUACUGCAAAAUGACAAAUCUCGUAGUCAGGAAUUCUCGGAAUUAUGCAAUAGCAAUUGAAUAUUCAUCAUGAAUUUUUGAUCGGAGCGACAUGCUAAUUCUGAAUUUCAAACACACACAGUAUUAGAAAAGGAUUAUACGCCCAAAACGCUGCACAAUAAUUGCUAUCUCAUUCCAUAAAUUAAGAGCACCAAGAGAGAGAGAUCUAAUUUCUUAGAUCUACUUUAUUUCUACUCGAUACACAAAAUUGUGUGAUUAAUAAUUAUACAAAUAAAGUGAUGAAAGCGUUCCUUUAA